AUGGCGGCGGCGGCGGCGGCGAGCGGCAGGGGAACAAAAAAAGCCAAGGCCCCGGCGCGGGGCCGCGGGGCGGCGGCGGCAGCGCCCGGCGGUCCGAACGCCCAGGGUGAGAGCGGGCGCGGCCGGCCGGCCGCCGACGAGGAGGUGUCCAGCGACUCCUUUAGACGGCGGCAGAGGAGGAACGGGCGAGGAGGAGAGGAGGAAACCCAGCCGGGGAUCUUCAUCGGCGACCGACUGAAGGAGGACGUGCUCGAGCAGAAGGGCCGGCUGCAGCGCCUGGUCGCCAAAGAUGUGCAGCCUCCGGAUCCAGCCAGCAUCCGUGUGCUGCGGGGACACCAGCUGCCUGUCACCUGCCUGGUCAUCUCUCCCGAUGACAAGUUCAUCUUUUCUGGGUCCAAGGACGGCUCCCUCAUCAAAUGGGAGGUGGACAGCGGGAAGAGGCUGUGCGUGGUGCCCGGGGGGAAGAAGGGCACGGAGGAGCGGCACAUGGGACACGCAUCCCACAUCCUCUGCAUGGCCAUCUCAUCGGAUGACAAGUACCUGGCCACAGGAGACAGGAACAAGUUGAUCAUGAUCUGGGACACAGCCACUUGCAAGCGCCUGCACAUCUUCACAGGGCACCGUGACGCUGUCUCGGGCCUGUCCUUCCGCAAGGGGACACACCAGCUGUACAGCGCUUCCCAUGACCGCUGCGUCAAAGUCUGGAACGUGGCAGAGAACGCCUAUGUGGAGACCCUAUUCGGGCACCAGGAUGUCAUCACGGGGCUGGACAGCCUGAGCCGGGAGUGCUGUGUGACGGCGGGGGGACGGGAUGGUACCGUGCGGCUCUGGAAGAUCCCUGAGGAGACACAGCUCGUGUUUUCUGGGCACCAGGGCUCCAUCGACUGUAUUCAGCUCAUCAAUGAGGAGCACAUGGUGUCCGGCGCCGAUGACGGGUCUUUAGCCCUCUGGGGGCUGACAAAGAAGAAGCCUCUGGCGCUGGCUCGGCAGGCGCACGGCAUGCAGGAUGCCCAGGGCCUGGAGCAGCCCUACUGGAUCUCAGCGGUGGCCGCCCUGCGCAACAGUGACCUCCUGGCUACAGGAUCCCACAGUGCCAGCGUGAAGCUCUGGAAGUGUGGUGAGGGAUUUCGGAAGCUGGAGCACCUCUGGGACAUCCCCUUGGUGGGCUUUGUCAACAGCCUCAAGUUCUCAUCAUCUGGUGACUUCCUGGUGGCUGGCAUCGGGCAGGAGCACCGGCUUGGACGGUGGUGGAGAAUCAAAGAAGCCAAAAACAGCAUCUGCAUCAUCCCCCUUAAACAGAGAGCCACGGCCUCUGGCCCUGAAUCUCCUGGCAGCUCCUAGCCCCCGGGUCGUGAAGCAGGUCAUUCUGUCCCUGGAGCUGCACCUUGAUGCAUCCUUGGUGCAGCCACCCCCCUGGGGCUGGCAGGAUGUGAGUAGGGGGUGUCACACAGCCUUGCUGGCCCCCGUGUUGUGAUGUGGCUCUGCCCUCUGCGAGGGUCUGUCCCCUUCCCUCAGGUUCGGCCAGACCUGAGCUCUGGAACAGUCCAUUUUGUAAAAAAAACAAACCACCAAAACGACUUUAUUUACAUAAAUUACAAAAAAAA